AUGGUCUUUAUUUCCCUCCGCACAGUGAACGUGGUGACAAUCGUCAUCCUGUCGCGGGGAAAGUGCGGUCUCUCCGAAGGCGUCACAAGGUACCUGGUUGCCAUGGUAGCAGCGGAUCAGCUCGUCGUUCUCUUCGAUGUGAUAUUGAACAAGAUUCCGAUGACUUACAUGCCAAUAAAGGUUUUCUACUGGUCAGCUCGUGUUCCCGUGUGUAAUAUCCACGCCGUCGUGUUGUACGGCGUCACGGACUGUUCUGUCUGGUUCACAGUAACUUUCACCUUUGAUCGAUUUCUGGCCAUUUGUUUUCAGAAGCUGAAACGAAAAUACUGUACCGGGAGAUCGGCGGCUCUGGUUCUGGGGACAGUGACUGUGCUGAGCUGCGUAAAAAAUAUAUUCUGGUACUUUAUGCUCAAUCGGUUCUAUUCGACAAAAAUUACGACCGUGUUGUGUUUGACUUUUAACCGUUUAUUUUCCGAACUCCAGCUGGCAAUAUUUCUACUGAUUCAUUUCCUCCUCACCCCAAUAUUACCCUUUGUUCUGAUUCUCCUGUUGAACAGUUUAACCAUUAGGCACGUCCUAGUGGCCAGCCGAGCCCGGAGGAGACUCCGUGGUUCGGGCGAUGGCGAGACGCCCGCCGACCCGGAGAUGAAGAACCGCAAGCAAUCCCUCCAGUUACUGCUGGUGCUGUCGGGGAAUUUCAUCCUGCUAUGGGCGCUGUUGACGGUGUGUUCCGUAUGGGAGAGCUUCCAUCUUUAUUUUUACUCGAUUCCCCCGGAUUCUCUGCGGGAACUAGGCUACAUGCUGCAGCUCCUCAGCUGCUGCUCCAACACGGCCCUUUACGCCGUGGUCCAGGCCAGGUUCAGGGUGCAGCUGAAGGAGACGGUGAAAUCGCCCUUUUGUCUCAUGGCAAAGUGCACUCGGCGUUGUCUGGACCGCAUUAAUCCUCAGUGA